AUGGAUGCAAGAAGACUGAAAAAUGGGAGAUCAAGCCCUACUCAUUCUAAUUCUCCAACUUCAAAACACUUCAAUCUUCAUCCUCAAUCACAACUGAAUCAACAGAAUCAACAGAGUCAGAAUCAAUAUCAACAUACUCAUCAUGGUCUCACUCGUGAACAACUUCGUGAACGCCGUCAUUCAAGUGAUAGUACCAUCAAUUAUAACUUAUACCUCACCAAACGAGGAGAAACUUCAAAAAGUCAAAUGGGAAGUGAAUUCUCCAAUGCAUCAACCGAUCCUUAUGAUGAUAUAGAUGAAUUGAAUUUCGAUCUUGAUUCAGUUAUAAAUCCAAUUGGACCCAGUUCUCAUCCUAAAAAAUCAAAAUCAAGAGAAAUUACUUUGAAAUAUUUCACCUUAGCUAUUAUAUUACUUCCUUCUAUGAUAGCUAUCAUUGUUCCAUCAAAUACUGCCAAUGAAAACCAUAAGACGGAGGAUUUGGCUAAUCUUAUUAUUGAUUGUUUUAUGAUUAUCUUAGUGAGUUGGACAAUUAAAUUCACUAUUGAAUGGCCUUGGAAUUGGUUAAAACAAUUAAAAGAUACUCGAUAUAAAUUAAUUAAUCAUAUUAAUUCGAAAUUGAUUAAUCAAAAACUGCAACAACAAGAUCAUUUGAUUGAUCCUGAUAUUCAAUUAUUAAAUGAUGAAAUCUUAUGUAAUCGAAUUGAAUUAUUAAAGAAGAUUUUAAAUUAUGAAAAAUUAUCAAUCUUUUUAGCAUUAAUAUUUUCAUUUUUAGGGUCAGGAUUAAUGAUGUGGUCAAGAAAUAAUAUCCUUAUUGAAGAUUCAAGAAAGAAAAUUGUAUUUAAUAAUUUAAAUAUUGGUUUAUUUCAAUUUUGGCAAUUCUUUAGAAUCAUUAUCUCAAUAACUGAGAAUUUACAACAUGAUUCAACAGUAGGGAAUGUCAUGAAUCCAAAUCCUAAUAUCAAUGAAUAUGAAUUAUUAAAUGAACAUAAUUUAAAUUUAUUCUUACCGAAACAACAUCAAUCUCAAUUAUCCAUGGUUCUGUAUUUCAGAGAUAGUUUUGAACAAUUAUUUCAAUUGAUUCAUAUCUCGAUGAAUUCCAAUAAACAAGAUUCUCAAAAAUUACAACAAGAAUUCAUGUCGACAUUAUUAUCCAAGGAGAGAGAUUUAAAUGAUUCAAAAUUUGAAAAUCUUCAAUUAAAUUCAAAUUUACAAAUGCAAUUGAUUGAAAAAUUAUUAAAUGUUCAAAAUGAUGAAUUCUCUAAUAUAAAUUCCAAUAUUACAAAAUUAGAAAGUAUCAUUACUGAUUUGAAAAAGAUUAGAAAAUCAUCGAAUUCACCACCAUCGAGAAAGAAAUCAAAUGUCUAUGUUAAACCAUUUCCGUUGAAUUUAUCCAUGGAUGAAGAUGAAUUAGUCACAUCUACUUUAAAACCAAAUAAAAUGCAUACUAUAUUUGAAGAAAAUUCUUCUCGUCCUAAUUCAAAUUCAAAUUCUCCAAGAGUUCCAUAUAUCGAUCAUGGUAAUAAUCGAAAGGUAGCGCCUCCCCCUGAAUUACCUGAUCGUGCUGGAUUUUCGUUACAUGGUUUAGCAUCAUCUAUAGAGGUUUUACCCGGGAAAUCAAAGGAAGAUAUUAUAAGAGAUGUAGGAUAUGAUGAAGCAAAGUUGGCUCCUCCUAUGCCUAUUAUUCUGAUGAAUGAUCCCAAUUUCUCUAUCCUUGAUAAUGAUAAUGAAAAUAAAGAUAAGAAUCUUAAAAAAUUUCAUCAUAGAACCACAUCAACUAUAAGAAGUACAUUUCAAUUACUUCAAUCUAUCAAACGUGAAAUUUCCAUUUUUGAAAUCAUAAAGAAUCCAUUCAUUAUAAGACACAUUGUCCAAACCAAAAUCAUUCCUCUCGUAAGAGAAGAUAUCACUCAGAAAGUGCAAAGAAUAUCAGAAGAUUUACAAUGGUUUAAAACUUUGAUAUGGCAAUUAAGCAACACCUAUGUGUUUAUGAAUGUUAAUCUUAUGAUUGAAACCAUGUUGAAAGUUGAUAGAUUCUAUUUACAACCAUUAAGGAAUGUUAAGAAUUUCUUAAUCUUAAUCUUUACUAAGAUUCCGUUAAAUAUCUUAGAGAUUUAUUUUGAGAUUAUGAUUUUCAUCCCUAAGAUUUGGAUUAAAUUAUUCAUUCUUAAUCCGAUUAAUAUGGUUCAUGAUUAUGUGAUUGGAAGUAAAUAUGAAGAUGGAGAAGAAGAAGAUAUUGGCGAGGAAGUUCAUAAUCAUCAUCAACCAAUGUUGAAUAAACCUCAUACUAUCCGGAUGAUCAAUAAAGAAGAUGGAUCUAAAUUUGAAGGGAUGAAGAAAUUACACUUGAAGAAGAAUCAUAAACUUGAUCAAAAGAUAAAUAAUCAACGCAAACAAAUCAGAACUAGAGAUAUAUUAUUACAGAAAUUAGUGGAUAAUUAUGAUUUGCAAUCUCAAGAUAAGUUUGAUCCAUAUGAGUUUCCUGAACCAACACCUGUGGCAGUAUAUAAUGAAUAA